CACCUCUCCCUACUAUUAACGUUUCUCUCUCUCUCUCUCUCCCCUUCCCUUCACGCACCGCCCUCUUCUCUCUCUCUCUCACCCUCACCCUCGGCUCUCCUUCCUCAAUAAAUCUCCGUCCCAGUUAGGGUUUCCAAAUUGCCCCGACCUCUCUCUUCCCUCUCCUCAGUCAAUUGCAAUCUAGGGUUAGGGUUAGGGCUUCGGAUUUCCCCCAAUCCAAUCGAUGAGGAAAUCCAAGCUCGAACCGCCUUCCCUCAGCAAGAACCGAUCUUUCCAGAUCCUUCUAACCCUAGCUUUCAUCUACCUCUUCUUCCUCCUGUCCCAGUUCCCUUCCCUCCUCUCCCGCCCCUCCUCCUCCUCCUCCGCCGCCUCCACCUCCACCGCCGGCGAUCCCCUCCGCAGCGAGCAGGAGACCGACUUCAAGUUCGCGCCAAAACGCCCCUCUCAUCUCGUCCACACCUCAACGCAGUCUUCUUCUUCUUCUCCGUCCCCGAAAUCAUCCUCUUUUCCUACUCAUCGUCGAGCUCCCUUCGUCUCCGGCCUGAGAUUCGGAGAUUACGGAGCUGACGCAAUCAAGCACAACUUCUCCGAGAUUCAUCGAGUUGCGAAAGAGGCGUGGGACCUCGGGCGCAAGAACUUUAGGGAACUGAACAGUCUGCCUCCGUCAGCUGCCGAUAAAGUGAAAGCCAAGGAGGAAGAGUCUUGCCCGUCUCAUGUAACCCUGACGGGAGCUGAGUUUGCCGCCAAGGGGAAAGUUAUGGUGAUCCCCUGCGGGCUGACACUUGGGUCCCACAUCACUCUGGUGGCGACGCCCUACCCUGCGCACCCGGAGUACGACCCGAAGAUUGCGUUGAAGGAAGGGGAUCAGGCGGUGAUGGUGUCACAGUUUAUGAUGGAGUUGCAGGGGCUUAAGACUGUGGAUGGGGAGGAGCCGCCGAAGAUUUUGCAUUUUAAUCCGAGGCUGAAGGGGGAUUGGAGUGGCCGGCCGGUGAUUGAGCAGAACACUUGUUAUCGGAUGCAGUGGCACACGGCGCUCAGGUGUGAAGGGUGGAGGUCCAGAGCUGAUGAGGAGACUGUGGAUGGGGAAGUAAAAUGUGAAAAGUGGAUCCGGGAUGAUGAUAACCAUUCAGAGGAAUCUAAAACAACAUGGUGGUUGAACAGAUUAAUUGGGCGAACAAAGAAGGUCUCUUUCGAUUGGCCAUAUCCAUUUGUUGAGGGUAAACUGUUUGUUCUCACAUUGUAUGCUGGUCUUGAAGGCUACCAUGUCCAUGUAGAUGGGAGGCAUGUGACAUCUUUCCCUUACCGUACUGGAUUUGUUCUUGAGGAUGCUACUGGUUUGUCAUUGCAUGGGGACUUAGAAGUCCACUCGAUAUUUGCUGUUUCAUUACCCACGUCACAUCCUACUUAUGCCCCGCAAAAAAGUCUUGAAAUGUUGACUGAGUGGCAAACCCCAGCACUUCCAGAUGGACCUAUUGAGCUUUUCAUUGGCAUCCUUUCAGCUGGUAACCAUUUCGCAGAGAGAAUGGCUGUGAGGAAAUCAUGGAUGUCUACAAUUAGGAAAUCAUCGAAUAUGGUGGCUCGCUUUUUUGUUGCUCUGCAUGGGAGAAAAGAAGUGAAUGUGGAGUUAAAGAAAGAGGCAGAGUUUUUUGGUGACAUUGUGAUCGUGCCUUAUAUGGAUAGCUAUGACCUUGUUGUCUUGAAGACCCUCGCGAUAUUGGAAUAUGGCGUCCGUACUGUCUCAGCAAAGUAUAUAAUGAAGUGUGAUGAUGACACAUUUGUUAGGAUUGAUUCAGUGAUGAAAGAAGUCAAUAAAAUUCCAAAGGGUGCAAGCUUAUACGUGGGGAAUAUAAACUUUUACCACAAGCCUUUGCGCUCUGGGAAAUGGGCUGUGACAUAUGAGGAAUGGCCGGAAGAGGACUAUCCACAUUAUGCAAAUGGACCUGGAUAUGUUGUGUCAGCUGACAUUGCCCAUUUUAUUGUGGCAGAAUUCGAGAAUCACACAUUAAGACUAUUCAAGAUGGAGGAUGUGAGCAUGGGCAUGUGGGUCGAGCAAUUCAACAACACAAGACCUGUUGAAUACGUCCAUAGCUUGAGAUUUUGCCAGCACGGGUGCAUAGAAGACUACCUUACUGCUCAUUAUCAGUCUCCAAGGCAAAUGAUAUGCAUGUGGGAGAAGUUACAGGAGGGAAAGCCUCAGUGCUGCAACGAUAGAUGACACCACACGGGCAAUCAAUCGAGAGUUUUAUCAGAGAAGAAUUUUGCUGUUCGCCUGACAUUUGAUGAGAGGAAAAUGAGGCUGGCUCACCCAGAUUCAUUCAUUGUUUAUUUUCUUUUUUUCUUUUGUCUUUUGGUGAGAGGCUGGUGGGUUGAAGGGUACAGCUCUUAUGAGGCUGUUUUUGUACAUUUUAACAGGCGAAAAAAGAGAGAAGUAGUUUAUGUUAUGUAUUGUAGGGUCUGUGAAGAGGACCAUCAGAUGAUAGUAUAGUUUUUUACCCCCCCUUGUUUUUUCCCUUGACUCCUGGUGACGAACAUUUUAAUUUACAACUUUGUAAAUUUUCUGCUUAAAUGGCAUUCCAUACUUGAGAUCUUGCGGCU